UGGGAAGGAAGGGAAAGAGAGAGAGGGAGAGGCAAGGAAAGAAGAAGAGCUAAACACCGCCGUGUUCUGGGCUAAACGUGCUGAUCAUUGUCGAGCGGCUUCUCCAGCUGCAUAUAUUCUUCAAAGACAUAGCCAGUGCAAUUUGCGAUUCUCUUCUACGUGUAUAUGGCUUCAGUUGAGGAAGUGGAUCAGGUCGACAGCGGCAUGGGCAGCAGCGACGCGCGCUCUCCCGAAGUGAAGUCGCUCCUUCCCGACGACGGCGACGAGGAUGACGAAGAGGAUGAGAGCUUAUCAGAAAGAUUAUUAGGGCUCACUGAAAUGUUUCCAGAGCCUGUACGCAAUUUUGGAUAUAACUGUGGAACUUGUCUGUACAAGUGUAUCAAAGGUCUGUAUGCAUUUUCAUGUUCAACCACAUGGAUAAUCUUUAGCUCAUCGACCAUUCUCUUUGCACCAAUUAUCUUUGAAAUGGAGCGUGCACAGAUGGAAGACAUGCAGCGCACACAACAGAAACAAGUUCUCUUAGGUCCUAAUACAGCUUUAUCUGGCGUUAACACCUCCAGUCUUCCAAUGGCACCACCUGUUCAACGAUAAGCCAUUACAUCACUGUUUACACUUAUACAUACACAUAUAUAGCUACAGGUAUAUGUAGAAAUGUCUAAAUGAUUUAGCCCGACUCAAUUAUUUAACGGUAUAACUUGUUCAUACAUUGCAAAAUUUUACACAUCUUGAAUGUAUCUCGAAUAAUUUCUAUGAAAUUGCUGUCAUAAAUCAAGAGUGUGUGAUUUGCCUAACUGGAAUAAUCCCUACUAGAUAAAAUUCGCAAUACAAUGGGCUGUUAAAUGUCACGAGUUGCAACAUUCAUCAGUCUAGUCUAUAUUCUGUUUACACAUACACAUGCACAUACAUACAUACAAUACGCGUGUGCUCGCAUGUACGAUUAUUUCCUUUUACGAAUUUUUACUGAGAAUCUAUAUGCCGCUCUGGUGUCGUCGUGCGGCAUUUUAUUAUUUUAUCAAUGCAUCAAGUGUGUCGUGGAAGCAGAGAUAGCAUUUAAUUGACCAAAAAGCAACGCUGACUUUUAUUCGCUGUACAUACACACAGCAAUGUGAGAAAUCUUGCAGUUAUUUAUAAUAGAUAAUACAGUCUGCUGCGCGUAGUAUUAUACGUCGCGUAUGUUAUUGUCCUCAAUACAUCUUUUCUGUUAUAAUUUCAAAUGAAUAAAUAAAAGGUAAUAAAUGCAAUAAUCUUUAA